AUGUCUACAUCUGCAACAUCUCUCAACCCUUCGCUGCUCGCAAUCCUCCUCGUCGUUCAAGGCCGAACCGGCUCAGGCGCUGAAAUUGUCUUCCACUACCCUCCGGACCCGCUCUCAGCAGAGCGACCUUCUUAUGCUGCCGAGUCCACAGAUGACGAUGACGGAGAAAGUUCCAGCAGUGAUUCGGAGGAGUCGUCUUCAGAGGAGGACUUUGAUUUGUUCACGAGACGCUUCGGGAAUGCGGUGACAGCAACGCAGAAUCAGGAAAACCAAUCACAGCAUUCUGAUGACGAGGACAGCAAUUAUCUGAGCAAGAGGGGGACACAGGAUAAUUCACAGUGGAAGCCCUCGUGGGAGCCGCUCCUUGGCCUCGGAGAAGAUGGUCUGGUCAGCUUGCUAGCCCCAGGAAGAUCCUGGCACAAACGUCGGUUUGAGCUUGGUAUUAACGACCUGACCUUCUUGGGCCGACCAGUCUAUGCUCGAGAGGACGGCUUCUGGCGAAAAGUAAAGGUGAGAAGGUCAAGGACAGUCGAAGAUGAGGGCCUUUCUCCGGAGGUUACACUCAGUGACAGUGCCCAGGAUGAUGAGGUCAAUGACGACGAAGCCGCACCGACUGACCAUAGCAGCAAGAAAGAUGGCCAUGCAAAGGAACGUGUAAAGAGUCAGUUGACCAUGUUUCACGUGGUGUUUGUCAUGGACCCUCCACCACUGGAGCAUACAGCUCGGGUCAAGGAGAUGUACGACCAUGUCGUGAAGAAGUUCUCCAAAGUGCUGAAAUGGGCGCAGUCACAUCAUGAUUAUGUUUGGGAACAGUCUGAGCUGCUGCAGUCCAUCAGGUCGGCACAUUUUCACCAACGGUCGUCUACAAAAGUGCUGUAUACCGAAAUGAAACAACGUUCGCCUCUGGCUGCUGCCAUUGCGAAAGUUUUCGAUAAUAUCUCGGCCUCCAAAAUAGCUGCUAUCACACUCAGUCCCAAAUUGUCCGUGUCUCUCCAGAUUCCUCCCGUUACAUCGACUUCUUAUCUUCCAUCUCUAUCGGAACCCCCACUUCAACCAGGACUAUGGCUUACUACAGCCACAGAUCCAACGUCUACGGCCUCAGACCUGGACGCAACCUCCUCUACAGGUCCCUUGCAGCUAUCCAAGAACUUCACACUCCUGCUCAAAUCCAGCCCGCAGAAGAUUCUCAAAGACAUCCAGGCUGCGGGAGGGUCAUUAGCAAUGCCGCUGACCAACUUCAUUGGACAUCUGAAGCCGACCAAAUCCUUCUACAAGAUAUCGCUCGCUUCUCAAAUUGCAUUGGGUGACAUUCAACAUCUGGCUCGUCAUCUCGUAUAUUGGCGCAGAGCCAUAGCAAUUCCACCGCUGCACCAGCGCGAUACAUAUAUCGUCUCUCCCAACGCCAACAUGAGCAGGCUGGUGUCGGCGUGCAAGACGUACGAGGCGACAUUCCCCAUGAUGCCGUCUCUGCCAAAGAUGUUGAACGCUUUAAGCGGUACUCCCGCACCGUACGGCACUCUCAUCCCCAGCAGAGACCACAAGGAAGAGUACUACCGAGUGCUUGCCUGGCUCAUGCGCGACGGCUGGGUCACACAGCUGCGUACGUUCGCGUUUGUCCGAGUGGACCCGGAAGUGAAGAAAGCGGUCCGUGAAAAGGAGCGCGAAGAAUCCAAGGGCUCCUCGAGAACUCCCGGUCUCGAGAGGGAAGCAAGCGCAAGCGACCGUGAUCGAGAUACGGGGACUGGGAGGAGUUUUGGUAGCGGCGGCACGCCAAACACAACUCCUGCCGGCGGAGGAGCCAUUUCGUCCUUCAAGCAGCGUCCCAGCAUGCCUCGUCGACCAUCCAGCGACGGGCGCCAAUCGAUUUCCACCGACCGCACCAGCGUCCGCGGCGGGGGACAACAAUUCAAACACAACCCCAAAGCCGCCAGCCUAAUCAUCUCCCCGCAGCGCGCCUCGCCCGAAGAAUCUCGCUGGCUCGACUACAUCACCUCCACAAUCAGCUCCUCCCCGUCUCGCAGCUCCUCCUCCCGGGCAGACUCGCCGGCUUCGUCAGACUCCGAGGCCGAAGCCGAAACCGCAGAACUGCUCCGGCGCUAUUGGCCCGUGUUUGUGAAGUAUUUCAGCGGGUCGGAACCGCUGGAAAGAAUCCCCGUCAGGGAAGGCCUGAAGAGGAAGUUGGUCUGGGAUGUGUUGGAGAAGGUGGGCGCGGAUUUCGAGGGCGGCGUUGAAGAUGAGAAGGGGGAGAAUAAAAGGGUGUUGGUCACGAUUAGACAUUGGUAG